AAACACAUGUGUUGGCAAUUUCAAAAGAUGUUCAAUAUAGUUCAAAUUUUGGAGAAAUGAAACAAUAACUUUUUUUUUUCUCAGCAGCAGCCUUUUUUUUAACCCCAUUUUACCACCCACAAUCAGGAACAGAAGUGUAAAAUUUACAGCGGGACACUGAUGUUUUAGGAUGCAGCCGCUGGCUUUAUUUGCUUUUCUUUGGGUGCUGCUUCCCUUUACUUUCUGUAAGGAUGAUACAUGUGCGUUAGAUGGUAGAGAUGGCGUGAAUGGAGUCCCUGGCAGGGACGGCUUAACAGGAGCAAAGGGAGAGAAAGGAGCACCAGCAUUGCAGGAUGAGCUGAACAGUAUCACCAUGCAGGAACUCAAAGGAGAGACGGGCAUCAGAGGCCUUCCAGGAGAACCUGGUCCAAAGGGUUUUAUGGGUGCACAGGGUCCAAAGGGUUUUCUUGGUCCUAAGGGUCCUAGAGGAUUGAGUGGCGGCAUUGAUGGCAGUGGAGGCCCUGCCAGUAAGAAGCCAGCUUUCUCUGUGCUGCGAAACCAAGCUGAUUAUGCUUCAUAUGGCCGACCUGUGAUCUUUGAUAGUCAGCUUAGCAAUGUCGAUAAUGAUUUCAACCUUAAAACUGGGUAUUUCACUUGCAAGGUUCCUGGGGUGUAUUACUUUGUGUUUCAUGCAUCGUCUGAAGGACAAUUAUGUCUCAGAUUUAAGAGUGACAGGAAAUCAAUCAGCCUGAAUUUCUGUGACUUAAACCCACGAUCACUAUCUGCUGUUGUGUCAGGUGGAGCCGUACUUCAGCUAUUUAAAAAUGACAAAGUAUGGAUCGAGCCUCUCUCAAAAAGUGCUGCUGGCAACAAAAUGACCAAAAGCAUGUCGGCUGUAUUCAAUGGAUUUUUAAUCUAUCACAACACAUAGGACUUAACAGUCUACAUAUUAAACACACUGUGAUAGUGAUGUAUAGCAGUGAUGUAACCAUUUCAAAAACAUGAAUUAAAAAAAUCUAAUCUGAUCUACUACAUGCUGUAUUCAAAUCUUGUAUUCUUGUAUCUUGUCUUGUAUUAAAACUGCUUUGUUGUAUUUGAUGAAUGUCUCCAAUUAACUAAAUAAAAGCAUAAGAACAUGAUUAUA